ACUUUUUAAUUGUCUUUCUAAAAAAAUGGCGGGAGAAACUCCUGACGAUCCAAAUGGAAACGAAAAUAGCGAAAAAGAAUUAAGGAAAGACGACAGCGACCAGACGGAGACGAACGGUGUUACCUCGGACAAAUUGGUGAAAUUACCAAUUAGUAGGAUUCGUAAAAUCAUCAAACUCGAUCCAGACGUGUCACUUGCGAGUCAGGAAGCGAUGGUAGCAUUAACGAAAGCCACUGAAUUGUUUGUUCAAUACUUGUCUCGAGAAGCAGCAAUUUAUACAUUCCAGGGAAAACGGAAAACUUUACAACGGAAAGAUUUAGAUAAUGCUGUUGAGAGAACUGAUACCCUGGCAUUCCUUGACGGAGCUCUUGAAUAACAGAACCAGGAGACAGUUUCACAUGUUUGCACCUUCAACUCUUUAAACAAAAGCUGAAACACAGUUGUGUGAUCCAUGAGGAUCCAUGGAACUUGGAGCUGCAUCGGACUAAUCUCAGAAUCACAAUAUAUAUACACACACACGCGCAUAUAUAUUUCUACAGAACUGAAGGCUGUGUAUGUAUGGGUGAAUGAAAGAGAUAAUAAAAACAUCUUUAAUUUUCAAUGACUAUUUUAAAAUCAUUAACCAUCUCCAUUCAUUGUGAUACACUCAAUACAUUUGCAAUAAUUUGGCAAUCUCAAUGAUUCUAAUCAUAUUUUCUUGUUUUUCUUUUGGCCCCUUUUUCUGUUAAUUCAAAUAAAUUCUACCCAGUCACCUCUAUUUUCUUUUCAUUUUUACUUUAAUAUUGCUUUUUUUUCUUUUUUCUGAAGUAUAUUUAUGUAAACAAAAUAAAGUUAAUGUUUUAUUGCAAUUAAUUUGCUUCAGAAUGUUUCUGUAAACCAGUGGCUCUCUACCAGGGUCCAUAUCACUCUUAGGGAUCCAUAUGACCCUUCACGGCCCAUUUAAGAUUUUGUUAUGAAAAGUUAUCAGCAAUAAAUUGGUUCUAUUUCUAACAAUACUCAAAA